GUUUCUCGAAAGGGCAGUGAAAAUUUGACGCAAAAUAAUAAAAUAAAAACGGAUUUGUUUGGCAAUAAAAACGUUGUGUAUUAACGGUAAUUUUGUCAUAUUUUGCUGACGGAAUUGACAAUGGAACUUCCUCUACUAAGCGUCCCAACUCCACCUGGUUUAGCAGCGAUAUAUUCAACUUUACGCAGAGCAUACCCUGAACAAUCCAAUCCACUUCAAGUGACAGCGCUCGUGAAAUAUUGGUUGGGUGGUCCAGAUCCAUUGGAUUUCAUCAGCAUGUUUUCGAAUCCUGGCAACCCUCUACAUGGUAUUCCACCUCACUGGCAUUACGUCAGCUCUGGCCUUUCAGAUUUACAUGGUGAUGGGAGAGUGCAUGAAGUUCGAAAUGCUCAUGGUUUAAGUGGUUUUGGCUUUGAGUUAACAUUCAGACUAAAAAAAGAACCAGGGCAAACAAUUCAGCCAUCUUGGCCUGCAGAACUCAUGCAGGAAUUGGCAAAAUAUGUUUUUCGUACAAAUAACAGUUUACAAAUUGGUGAUCAUGUCUCAUGGAACAUCCCCUUAGAUUGUACCCACUCACGUAUUCACACACAUAGCAAUUCAAACAUAAGACACAUUUUGUUAGCCGAGGAUCCACAACUCUCACGGACACAAUCAAGUUUGGGAACACUAAAUUUUGUUCAGAUUGUUGGGAUUUGUGAAGAAGAGUUGCAUGCUGCUCAACAGUGGAAUGGGUUUUCAACCCUUGAGCUUCUUCGACGUAUUCCAUAUGCAGGAGGACCUUGGCUCAUAACAGACAUGGAAAGGAUGGAGAGCAUAUUCGAGCUUGAACCUUCUUUACAAGAAGAAGUUACCAGAGGCUUAGAACGUGAAGGAUCAACUUUGAGUGGUGUGAAUGCAAAGUGUUACUGGGAAGAACUUAAAGAUAACAGCUCAAAUGACACAAAUCACAGCAACUCGUCAUCUGUCAUUCAACCUCCACAAAUGGUCGAUAUUAGAAGACAUCAAAACUUUAAUCGAUUUGCAAUUCUUCCACCCAUCGAUACAAACAAUAUGUCCAGGCAUUUUAAAGCUGAAGCAGCAAUGGAUCGAAGUUCAGCAUGUAGUUCAGCAACUAGCGAGAUCAUUAGAACAAGAUCUUGUCAUGGUGUUUGUGUGAGAUUAAAUAUAGAAGCUGCAAGUUUGUUGCCACUUGCUUUCAGAGGUCGUUUGAGGCAUGGCAGACAUUUCACAUUCCAAAGUUCCAACUCGGACAUUGCUAUCACAUUAGUGUCAAGCUCUGUGACUGGAUCAAUAGCAACUAAAGAGCAUCCAUAUUCUGCCUGUGGUAAUUGGUUACAGCUAUUUGUUGGUGAUGAAUUAAUUGGAAAACUGGAGAAAGACCUGGAUGAACUGGCCCACCCAGAAGAGGUGUCUCUCCCUCGUGAAUACACAUGGCCGGAGGCUAACCUUGUGAUUGUUGUAUUACCAGAUGAAAAUAAUUAGCCUGAUUAUUCUCACUGCAAGUACUUUGUAAGUGGAAUAUUCACUUUAAGUUUUUCUCUUCUGAAUUUUGACCAAAUGUUUAUAUCCAACAUGUAUGUACAG